AUGGAGGUGACCACCGUGUCCCCAUCUCCUGCCUCACCCACUGAAGGAUAUUAUCUGUGUGAGACAGAUGCCACCAAUGAGGCCCUACACAGUGUGACACUGCUCAUGUGCCUCUGUGGGCUGGCUGGGAAUGGGGCUGUGCUCUGGCUCCUUGGCUCCCUCACUUCAUCGAGGAGCAGCACUAUCCUUUACAUCCUCAUGCUGACUCUUCUUGACUUCUUCUUCCACCUCAUUCUCUUGCCCUCCACUCUGCUCUUCCUGGUGGAGGAUGUGUCCUGUUCUAUUAUCAUGCCCUUGUCACACAUAAGGUUCCUUUCCUGGAUGUCAUGGUUGUCUUACAGUGUGUGGCUGUGCACACUGACAGUCAUCAGCAUCAAGAGGUGCCGGUCCAUCCACUGCCCGCUCUGGCUCUGUUGCCACCAUCCCCAGCAGCUGUUAAAGGUCAUGUUUUUCCUACUCAGGGCCUUCUUUGUCACUCUCGUCAUUGUCUUUGCCAUGAUGCUUUCCCUGUGCAUGUUCCAGCAAUCUGAGCACUGCUGGAUGUUUCUCAGCUUAAUAUACACCUCCAACCUCCUCCUCUGUUCUCCGUCCAUGCUCAUUUCCAGCACAAUCCUCUACACUCAUUUGAAGCCUGGCUCCCAGCAGCAGAAACCCAAGAAACUGGACAUUGUUAUCUGCCUCAUUGUGCUCUUCACUCUGCCCCCCAGUCUCUGCAAUUUCCUGCAGCAGGUCAGCUACACCAUUGUGCCCUCCCAGGUUCUUUUCCUGCUCAUCUGCAUCCACAGCAGCAUCAAACCCUUCAUCUUUUUCUUGCUAGGGAGGUGCUGGAGGCCCUACUCCGUGGGGUCUCUCCAGCUCUCCCUCCAGAGGGUCUUUGAGGAGCCAGAAGAAAACACUGCCACAGCCAUGAUCCCACCAUGGACACGGGGGUCUGAGUCUGUUGAUUUCUCCUCCUGCACUGCUGAAGGACCCUGUAUAGUGGCUGAGAGAUUCCUUGAGCUUUCUGACAAAUAA